AUGGAGGACAGGACUUUGGAGUCUGGAAAUGGAGGUGAGAGGCCACAGUUUCCUCCUCUGGCUAGGCAGGAGUCUUACAAUCUCUCUAAUUUGGAUGAGGCCCAGAGCCACCUGGGAAAUAUUAACAGCAAGCCUUCGAAUGGCAUGCAUUUUGAUGAGUUGCUUAAAAAUGUGAUAUCAGUUGAAGAGGGGCAGCUGCUACAAAACCCUUCCUCCUCCUCAUUGCCGGCUUCAUUUUUUCUAGGGAAUUUCAACUUGAAUGGAGCAUUGAGUAGGAAGGCUGCGGAUGAGGUUUGGAAGGAAAUAGCUCAUCAUGAACAUGUCAACACCGUGGUGGCCAACGAGUCGUUGCAGCAACGGUUGAGUACUAUCGGGGAGACUCCAGUUACUCCCGAACAUUUUUUAGUUCGUGCCGGUGUCAUUAACAUAGGGAACCAACCUAGUCUCAUGAAUGCUUCUCAGCCAAUCAUGGCAAUUGAUCCAACAGGUGUUGUAUCACAGCAGACAGAUUGGCUUCAAUUUCAAAUGGCUGCUGUUCAGCAGCAGAUGACAAUGCUGGAUUCAAAUUUGAAAGUUAGUGAGUCAGUGUAUGAGAACUCAGCUGUGAAUUUUGAUUACUCAGAGAACCAAGUUGGCAUGUCAAUGCCAAUGCCAGCAAUUUCAGCUUCCUCUUGCGAGUCUCAGGCAACCGCUGUGAGGAAACGCCAUUUUUCGGAUGAAAUGAAGGAGAGAACUAUAGAGAGGAGACAGAAGAGGAUGAUCAAGAACCGCGAAUCAGCUGCCAGGUCAAGGGCAAGGAAGCAGGCUUAUACCAAUCAGUUGGAGCAUGAAGUAUUCCAGUUGGGAAAAGUGAAUAGCUGGCUCAAAAAGCAAAAGGAGGUGGAGAUGAUCUUAGCUUCAAACCCUAUUUCCAUGCCUAAAUACCAACUCCGGCGCACGAGUUCAGCUCCCUACUAG